AUGAACCGCAAAGCGCAUAAGAUGUACGGUGCUGAUGAUAUCUUUGUGUGCCCUGCGAGCAAAGUGAUCACAACUUCACCACCCUGUACUAGCACUAUGACAUGCUCCCUUUCUAUCACCCCGAUUAUUGGUUACAGUGGGCCUUCGUCUUCGACUUCUGGUCCUGGACUCGGUGCCAUACCCUCUGCUACAUCUAGGCCUACGAGCCAGUUCUGUCCGGGACACAAUUGCCGCCACAACUCUAUUCUGCACCAGCAAUACCAUCAGCUUACGCAAUUGCCUCAUCCUCUUGGUGCAGUCAAUUCUGGUACCAAUGCAAGUGUCGGCAAUGUCGUUAGCUGCAGUGGAACUGGUGGGACUAUUGGCACUAUUUCGUCUGAAAAUUCAGCUCAACGCCAACUCGGCCAUGCUUUACAUCACCACCUGCAGCAUACUCGUCCAUUGUCCCACGCACAUAUGCCUUGCCACAGCGGGCACCAGUUGGUUGGUGCCCUCUGUCAACAGACUUCGCUUGGCCAGGUCCCCACUCUCGGGCAGACGCUUCCCUCAUGUAUCACUUAUACUUCAUCCUCUGUAGGAAUAAACUCUCCCACCACUACCUGCACCUGUGCUAUCAACGCCUCUGUACCAUCUUUUUCCAUCUCGAGUACUCCUCUUGCUAGCGUCAUUCCGCCAAUGCUGAGAAAGUUGUCUUCGCCUGAUCAUCCUUCCACUCUUUGUUGCGCAACCACAAAUACUGGAAUCAGUAUCAAUGCCACCAGUAACUGUCUUAAGUUCGCAAAUAAAAAUUCACAUCUGUCCUUAACCUCUGUUUCAGAACCUAUCUCUAGCACACAUGUGUCAGGGGCAGUUUCGAAGCCUAGUGAGGCCAAUGUGUCACAACCCAGACCGAAGAAUGGCGCCAAUGAAUGCUCUAUGCCAGAAUCUCCUACCUCUUUCACUUUGACUACCGCAUCAAUAAUAUCGCCCAGUCUCGUGUUUAGCCAAUCUCCUUCCUUAACUUUGCCUUUAUCGGAUCCAUUCUCGAGCAACCGGAACAUCUAUUCGGAUGUGCCGGAAUGCCCAGAGUAUGCAUUUGCAGCUCCAUCGGUGAGUCAAUUACUUAACACCCAUCCUUUUUGUAUUUAUGAGAACUUAGUUUUGCUACCAACUUAA